UCCCCAGUAAUCCAGAGUCCACUUCAUAGAGCCAAGAGUUCGAGCACAACAGCAACCUUACCCUACCAGUAUAUGGGUGAAAACGUGGGAGGAGAAAGUCAUCGCUCCGUUAUAGGCCCUUGGACUCCCCUGGCAUCUCCUGUACAGCACAAAGUUUUCAGCUUUGAAGAUUUCCAGAGACUCCAGAAUGAGAACCAAUCCCUGAGGGAGGAAAACCAAUCCCUGACGGGGUAUAACCAAGCUCUGGGGGGGGACAACCAAACCCUGAGGAGGGAUAACCAAGUCCUGAGGAAGGAGAACCGAGCCCUGAGGGAACGUAAUGCACGAGCAGCCUCGGAUGACAGCGGCUCACUUCAAGAGCAGUUGAAGCAACUUGGGGCAACAUUGAAGACAUUUGCUCGCACUGGGCAAUCAGGUGCCGAUCAGACCCUAAUGCUGCAACGUCUUGGAGAGCUUGGUGAUGUUGUGCGUAGCAUGGACAACAAAAUGGACAAUAUGCUGCAACAUUUCAGUGCCAAUGUGUCUGUUGGCGAGCUAUCCCUGCCAGGGGAUCUGUUACUCCCCCUAGACACCCAGGAAGAUUUGACGUUGCUUGACAACACUUUGAGGCAGGAUAAAGAGCUCCAGGAACGAUUUCUUCAGUUUUUGGGAAUCAAAUGUGGGAGAGACCUAAAAACAACCGUGUGGCGAAUGCUUCAGAGUAUCUUCACUAAUCACCUUUCCAUUAAUACAACCUGGACUGGUGUAGGGAAUAAAGCAUGUUUUAGAGACCUGUUCCUGAAGACCAUUGUUCAAAGAGCCAUCCGGAAGAACCCGGCAACCCAGGAUGCCACUGAUGAGGCUGUCCAGGUUAAUGUCAUGCGUUACCUGAAAGGAGCAUCUGACCGUGAAGGUGGAAAAAGGCGGCGCACAGCUGAGAAGGACCCACAGCCGACCCCUUAAACCUAGGCUGAACUGUUUUUCUGUUGUUAAAUUCACAUCAAGUUUUGAUUAUCACCGAUACAAAACUUUUACACUGAUUACUGGCUAUACUAGCCCAUAUGUACUACCCCUUCAGUCUCCCAGUCUGGAUGUGGUCUUACAUCAUAUUUGACCAAUGGCAAGCUAUCCUUGCACUGCAGCUAUUAUUCUUGUAUUACUAUGCUUACAUUUUUCUCUUAUAUUGUUCAUAUUUAUUGUUGGUCACUACACUUGAACCCUGCACUGUUGCACUCAUUUUUACUACCACCAUGACACGUACCUGCUGAGAACCUUUCCACGGCAUAUUGAACCACAGAGUCCGUCUCUGUCCUGUCACUGCAAGUGCCUUAUACACUACAUUCAUGUGGAUCCUUGUUUUAAUAUAUGUAGUGUCUUUCACUGUUCAUUUUAGUCAUGUGGAUUUUUUUAUCAUUCUGUUUAUGUUGAUAUGUGUUGUGUUAUAAGCUACUGGGAACCUUGAAUUUCCCCUUGGGGAUCAAUAAAGUAUCUGUUCAUUUCCUA